CUCUGACUCUUUUCGCAGUGAUGUAAAACGCUCCUGGCACAGUUCACCUCCAAGAGCGCUAACGCUAGACAGAUAUAUGUUGGGGAAAGGAGGAAAGCGGAAGUUUGACGAGCAUGAAGAUGGGUUGGAAGGCAAAGUGGUGUCUCCUACUGACGGUCCCUCUAAGGUGUCUUACACCUUACAGCGUCAGACUAUCUUCAACAUUUCCCUUAUGAAACUUUAUAACCACAGGCCAUUAACCGAGCCAAGCUUGCAAAAGACAGUUUUAAUUAACAACAUGUUGAGGCGAAUCCAGGAGGAACUCAAACAAGAAGGCAGCUUGAGGCCUGUGUUCGUCACUGCUUCGCAGCCCACCGACCCGCUCGGGGACAACUUCCGGGAGGCGCAGCCGGCGUUCAGCCACCUCGCCUCCCAGCCCCUGCUCCCCACUGACUUGGUAAGCACUACGCCCUUGGAGGCUUGCCUCACCCCAGCCUCGCUGCUCGAGGACGACACUUUUUGCACUUCCCAGACGGUCCAGCACAAUGGUCCGACAAAACUACCACCUCCUGCUCUCCAACCAGUAAAGGACAGCUUCUCCUCAGCCUUGGACGAAAUCGAGGAGCUUUGUCCGGCACCUACCUCCGCAGAGGCAGUAGCAGUAGCAGCCGAAACCGCAGCGGACGACUCGAAAGACCACCCCAGCGAGUCCAGCGUGCAAAAGCCCGAGGGCGUCCCGGAGAGCAGACCGGCAGAACCGAAGCUCAUGGACUCGCUACCUGGCAAUUUUGAGAUCACGACUUCCACAGGUUUCCUCACGGACUUGACCCUGGAUGAUAUCCUGUUCGCUGACAUUGAUACGUCCAUGUAUGAUUUUGACCCCUGCACGUCUGCCACGGGGGCGGCCUCAAAAAUGGCCACAGAUGAGCUCCUAAAAACUCUCGCUCCGUACAGCAGUCAACCAGUAACUCCAAAUCAGCCUUUCAAAAUGGACCUCACAGAACUGGAUCACAUAAUGGAGGUGCUUGUUGGGUCUUAAAAUAUAGCAACUCUCUCUCUUUCUCUCUUGCUUUUUCUCUCUCUCUCUCCCUCUCUCUCGCUUUUUUAAUUUUAAGUACCAGUAUAGACACUUGGUAGUAUUUCCAUAGUCCCUCCCGCCCCAGAUUCACAGCACUGUGCAUGCGUCCUUGCUUGCCUUUUUUGCAAAGAAAAGGAUCACACUAGUUUUUGCUUCAAGCAGAGUUGGAGUGCCUUCAUCCAUGUAUGACCACUUCUAAUGUAUUUUUUUUAAAGUGGUUCCUCAAGGAAGACCGAAUACCUUGGAACAGGAAAGAAUAUGUAUUGUAGACAAUGUUACGUUAUUACAAAAAAAAAAAACAAAAAAAAAUUGUAAAAGCUAAGCACAAGGAUUAUGUUGGGGAAAGCUGUAAAUUGCAUGUGCAUAUUUGUCUAUUUUUUCUAUAAGUUUUAUUGCAAGAGGUAAAAAAAAUUUAUUAUUUAGAUAAUCUCAAUACCAUUUUAGCCCUGUAUAGGUUGACUUAGCAAUUCAGCCUUUUGGCGGCAUUAACCUGCUCCUCUUUAAGUGUUGCAUUUACAUGGCUGUUUAGAAACUGCUGCCCAAAUUUAUUUUAUAUUUUUGUACAGAUUCUGCAGUUUAUGAUAUUGUUUUUUCUAAAAACAAAUGCUGUUUAUACACACAAAAAAAAAAUAGCUAUUUUGAUAGGAUUUGCUCACAUAGUUCCUGCAUAAUUCAGAUGUACAAGAACCACUUGUACUUUUAUACAGAGUUGUAAUGUUUUAUAUGUGUAUGGUGCAAAGAGAAAAUUGGAUCAAAUAAGCCUGCAGUUGGUUUCCCUGAAUGCAAACAAAAAAAAAAAAAAGUGCUUUAAGAAAGGGCUGGGAGCUGCUUCUGUAGGAGUGUCACAAGUGUUUGCUCCCUGCUGUACCCGCUGCGCACUACUGUGAGUCCCGAAACUUAGAGCCAUGCCCCCCCUUUUUUUUUUUUUCCCAACACGUACGUGAAGCAGUUGG